AUGGCAACCCUACUCCCCAUGCUCGUCAAACCAGCCCUCAAAUUCGGCUGGUCCCAAGCCAAAAAGCAAAAGAAAAAGCGCGACCUCCGCAAACAACACGAACAGUUCCAAGAAGCAGGCGUCUACCCACCCUACCCACCCGACGAACCCUACCCACUAGGCGGGUACCCAAAAGGCGCAGUCCCAGGAACAACAAUGGACUUCUCCCCACCAGAGCAAACCAAAACCAGCAGGCCAAAAUCCAUCAUAUUCUCCAUCCUGCGCUUCCUCCAAUUCGUCUUCGGUCUAACCGUCAUCGGCCUGUACGGCCGUGACGUCCGCCACGACCACAAGAACAACAUCUCGCGCAGCCAGUGGGUGUACGCCCUUGUCGUCGGCGCCCUAGCAACGACCACGGCUCUCGUUCGUCUCGUCAAGCCCUUCGUCUCGAAGAAGCUCGGUACGAACGCGUCACCCGGCAUGACUCUCCUGCUGCCGCAGUUGGUUUGGGAGCUUAUUCUCUGCGUGCUGUGGUUGGCGCUUUUCGGCGUCUUCGCUAAGUUGUAUAUUGGUGUUUAUCCUAAGGCUGAUGAUGACGAUGCUUCGAAGAUCAAUCGUAUGCGUCAUGGUGUUUGGGUCGAUCUUGUUAAUCUUGGGUUCUGGGUUGCGUCUGCUUUAUGGAUUGCGGUGCGCUGGUACAAGAGUAAGCGGACGAGCGCUAUUGAUGUUGAGAAGGAGAUUGAGGCUUAG